AUGGCAUCCGGAAGGUUCCAAAUUCUUUACAGCGUCCCCUACGAGCCUACAUUCCUCUUCCUCCUAAUUCUUCCCACGAUUAUUAUUUACGCCUGCGCCAUGGCCAUGGCCUACGUGUAUUCGCCUUGCAUCUGCACCGCCCUGACCGUUAUCCGGGGUAUUCUACUCACCUUUAUCGCCGCUGUUUGUCUCCUCGCAAUCAUACUCGAUCCGAAGGUGAACUACGUCUCCAAGGAGUACAUCAUCAAAUCCAAUGACGAAGACAUCAUCGCCGACCAUCACUUCGACCAUUCCCAUCCACCUGCCACCAAAGGCAAGCAAUGCACCGCCGUCAUGACGGUCGAGGGGAAGAUUGUGGGCUACGUGAGCACAGUCGAUCACGAUGAGAACUCCGGUGAUAAGGAAGCCACAGUCAGCGAGGACAGCUUGGGGAAGGGAGCAAUUGGGGAUAUCGUGAGGCUGGCCGUGGAGACGGGCGUGUUGUGCGGGUUAUACGACCUUUGA